AUGGCUAUGGAUAUUCCCCUUGUCACAUGCGAUGAUCUAGAUGCUUUCCACGCCAAACAUUUCGCUACCCACGACUUCAACCAGACUAUAGCCUCCAAUUUCUUUUCAAGCUGUUUUAGCACUACGGAAGUUCAAGCUACAGGCUAUGAGGACUUGUAUGACGAUGGCUUGGGGUAUUACCCUGAUGGGGUGAAGCGGACGCUCACCGACCAGCAAAUUCAGAUAUUCCGACAUAGCGAAAUCCAAGGACUCCUUCGCCAAAAGGAGCUGGAAGAAGAGGCUCUUGAUAAUGGUAAAGGGGCCAAUGAACACCUGACUGAAGAUGACGCGCGUGAACAGGCCGAUGUCACCUCCCUCAACCAAAAAAUAACAGACGAGAAACGAGUUCAAGCCAAACUACUGAAACAAAGAAAGGAUAUAAAUGGCCGAACCGGUGCAGUCUCAAGUUCUAUGAAACGGCCCAUUCCGAAAGACGUAAACGAUCAUGGGACACCCAGACGGGAAAUGAAACGGACUCCCAAAUCACCGGCCCAAUUUCGUCGACGAAUUGUUAGUUACGAGGACGCAUGA